AGGAGCAACUUUAUGUUCCCAGAGACGAAAGUCCAGCUGACAAACACUUCAUCCGGUUUGCUAUUGAUCUCAAGCAAGAGCAAAUACGAGGAAAGUCAUGAAGGCUGCCCAGUUGUCCAGCUACCCCGCCAGUUCCCCCACCCACGGGACGGCAACUCUAGGCAACCUGGACAAGCUCAUACAGAACCUCGACUUUGAGAACAAGCAACAGGUCAAGCUGAUUGAAAAGGAGAAUGAAGAGAGAGAAGAACUUGAUCGUCAGACAAAUGAGAAGAAAGAGGAGAUUGCCAGCAUGCAGAAAGCCAUCUCACAAAUGGACGAGGACACCAAACGGCUUCACAGGCAGUUCAAAUACAACAGGGACAACGUGGGAAGCCUGAAGAGAACCUGCCAGCUGCUGUAUGAACACGAGGAAGCCCUGAAGCACAAGCUGAAAGAUGUGGCCAGUGCUGGAGACAAGCAGACGUCGGACUGUGCUAAGAUGUUAGAACACUUCCAAAACGUGUGGGCAAAACACCAAGAAGUGUACGAAGGCAUGCCAAAGGUCAAGACUCUCAGAGAGAGGCAGUCAGCCUUACGCGGCCUCCAGGACACCAUAAAGCUGGCCAUUCACAGGAUCGAGCAGCUGAACAGAACCAUCAGGAGUUUGGAGAACCCUACUGAGGAAGAUGAACAGAUGCCAGUUUUCCCUACUCUCCAAUCCUGUAUCAUCAAGCUGGCGGAGCUUAAGGUCGACAGCACUAAGAACCUUGCACAGGUAAAGGAGAUGCAGGUGAACAUCAAGAUACUGGCAAAGGAUGUCGAGGAGAAGACAGCGGAAAGAGACAGAAUCGUCAAGGAACGUGAGGCCGAACUCCAGAGACGUCAGGAGGAGGCGGCCAGGAAGGAAAGAGAGAAACGACAGCUGGAAGAACAACAAGAAAAAGACCGACAGAUGAGAGAACAGCAGGAAAGGGAGAAGGAGGCCCAACAGCAGAUGUUACAACAGGAGGCCACAUCCCAGUACUUCCCACUGAUCUCAGCACCCAGCCAGAACAACUCGGUUGCAGCAUCCAGCCUCCAUCCCGGUGCUCCUCCAUCUGUUCUCCCUGCUCCAGGACAGGGUACCACUCAGUUCCCUGGGAUAACCAGCGCUGGACUUGGGGCAAAAGGAGCCUUUCCACCUUUACAGCCAGUCCAGAGGAAGUCCCCCCCUAAGCUCACCAUCCCCACCCUGAUGACCCCCCUCCCCAGACACACUCCCCAGCCCAGACAGGUGCCAAGCUUCAACUUCCAGAACAGGCAGCUGCCCCCAGUACAGCAGAAGGCCCCCCUGUUGCAAGUGUACCGGCCCAACAUGCCUGUGCAGCAGCCCCUCCUCAGGCAGGUCCAGGAACUGCAGCUCAGGCAGAAGAUCGAGCUCCAGCCAACAGGCCACAGCCCAACCAAGGGGGCAGACAAUCAGGCACUAGAGGGCAGUCCAGCCAGGAUGGGAGACAAUCAGGAGCAAAAGGAUGAAGAGGACAGUACCGUUGUUAUGACCAAUCCUAUGACUCCCGGUCCGGUCCACCUGUCCUCCGCCACACCUGACAACACCUGCGCCCCUGUCACACCUGGGCACAGCGCACCUGUCACACCUGCCAACAGCAACCCCAGCACACCUGGCGAGGAGACUGGCCACGCCUCCACCAGCCCCUUCAACAUGGAGAAGCACCGGCAGCACCUCCUGCAGCUCACCUCCACCUCACCUGGGUUCUCCAUCCCCAGCAGGCCCAUGUACCAGGCUGAGGGCGGAGAAGAGGAGGCACAAGCAAAUGCAGGAGGAAACAUUAAGGUGGAAGAAAUUUCACCCUUCAUGCAGUCCUUCUUCACUGGUUUUGGAGGAGAGCCUGAGAGUGCUGCAGGCAGUGUUCCUAGCAUGUCCUCUCCCGAACAACAGCCUCCUAACACAAACACUUCUACUGUGACAGACUAG